CAUUUUUCUCUCUAUAGUCCUUGCAAUAUUCCACUCCUGGAUCUUGCUAUAAAUGUCCGCAUAUAGUCCUGCCAAAUCAAGCAGCUAAGUAGAAACCUCCAACCCACAACAACAACAACCUUACAAAUUAAAAUGAGGCUUCCAGUUGGAGCUGUUAGGCCAUGCACUUCACCUUCUGCUUCAAAACACCUGGAAGUCGGUACACUUCACUCUCCCACUUCCCAUUUGCCUCGGAGUUUGCUUAAUACCAAAUUUCCAGUGCUCAGAUGCUCCCGGCAGCCCAAGAACCAGUACUCGUUCUAUGUUUGCGCUCUCACCGCCAACUCUGCCAAACUUGGCAAGAAAUGGAUGGAAUAUCAAGGAAUCAACAACUGGGAAGGCUUGCUCGACCCGCUUGAUGAUAAUCUGCGACGCGAGAUUUUACGCUACGGUCAAUUUGUUGAAGCGGCCUAUCGCUCCUUUGACUUCAACCCUUCUUCCCCAACUUAUGCCACCUCUAAAUUCCCCAGAAACUCACUCUUGGCUAAGACCGGAUUCGGCGAAACCGGCUAUCGCAUGACAAAAAAUCUCCGUGCCACGUGUGGGCUACAGCUUCCCCGUUGGAUUGACAAAGCUCCAAGCUGGGUGUCAACCCAAUCCAGCUGGAUUGGAUACGUCGCCGUUUGCCAGGACAAGGAAGAGAUUACCAGACUCGGCCGCCGCGACGUGGUUAUUGCUUACAGAGGAACCGCCACAUGCUUGGAAUGGCUUGAGAAUUUACGCGCGAAUCUAAGUUGUUUACCGGACGGUAGUGGAGGGAGCAAUGCUCCGAUGGUAGAGAGUGGAUUUUUGAGUCUCUACACAUCGUGUAGAGAUACGGGUCCUAGUCUACAAAACAUGGUGAGGGAGGAGAUAGCGAGAGUCCUGGAAAUGUACGGUGAUGAGCCGCUGAGUUUUACGAUCACCGGUCACAGUUUGGGUGCUGCACUAGCGACACUAACAGCUUAUGAUAUAAAGUCUAGUUUUUGUGGAAAUGCACCAAUGGUGACGGUAAUUUCUUUCGGUGGGCCACGUGUAGGUAAUAGAAGCUUCAGAUGCCAGCUGGAAAAUGGAGGGACAAAGAUACUGCGAAUAGUGAACUCAGAUGACCUCAUUACAAAAGUACCAGGAUUUGUGAUUGACAACAAUGACGUGUCAGAAGAAAGCCAGGCCUUCCAGAUGGCAGGAUUACCAAGCUGGGUGCAGAAGCGCGUGGAGAGCACGCAGUGGGUGUAUGCUAACGUGGGACGAGAGCUGCGGCUGAGCAGCAAGGAGUCACCGUAUCUAAGCAAAAGAGAUAUUGCCACGUGUCACGAGCUGAGCACGUAUCUGCAUUUGGUUAACGGAUUUGUGAGCUCCUCGUGUCCAUUCAGAAGCACAGCAAAGAAAAUGCUAAAUAAACAUCACAGAGAAAAGUUAGGAGCAAUUAGAUAAUUAAUUAUUUUGCUUAAUUAAAAGUCAAAUUAAGUGUAGAUAUAUAUAGCAGAAACAUAAUAUCUUUAGCACUGGAUUGCUAUAUGCCACUAUUCAAAACCAUUUUUUAAAUCUCAUCACACAUAAUAAUUUUAGGGUUUGGGUUGACAUGUCAA